UGCCUCGCUGCUUGAGAUCUUGACUGAUCUUGAGGGACCUGUCAAUUGCCCUCGUGGCGUUUACUUUAGACCUUCUUUUGUCACUUUAUUCCUUCCGUCCACGUUCGCACAAGUUGCGAGGUAAUUCCGACUGCUAUACUCCGCAGUUUUGGCUGUGGGCUAUCGCAAACCGCCAGCAAACCAAAGACUACAUACGUACCAUACAUCCUCUCACACACCCCACUUCUGGUCGCCAAAACAAUCACCACCACCAGAAAAACACAUCAAUACAUUUUUUAACAAAGAUCGAAACGAAGAAAGCAUCACCCAUCAACCAUGCUCCCCACAAUGCGCACCCUCUUCAUCCUCGUGGCCCUGACCCUCUGUCUGGUGCAACUCGCCCUCGCAGCCGACGACUACUACAAGACUUUGGGGCUGGACAAAUCCGCCUCGGAGAAGGACAUCAAGCGCGCCUACCGGACCUUAAGCAAGAAGUUCCAUCCGGAUAAGAACCCAGGCGACGACACCGCGCGCGAGAAAUUCGUGCUCAUCGCCGAAGCCUACGACAUCCUCUCGACCCCCACCACGCGCAAGAUCUACGACCAGUACGGGCACGAAGGGAUCGAGCAGCACCGACAAGGCGGGAGCGCCGGGGGCGGCCGGCGCGGGGGCAACGACCCCUUCGACCUAUUCUCGCGGUUUUUCGGGGGCGGGGGCCAUUUCGGGCACGCGCCGGGCCACCGCCGGGGUCCGGAUAUGGAGCUGAAGGUGGGGUUGCCGCUGCGCGAUUUCUAUAACGGGCGGGAGGUGUCGUUCGGGGUGGAGAAGCAGCAGAUCUGUGAUGCGUGCGAGGGGACGGGAUCGGCGGAUCGGGAGGUGGUGACGUGCGACAAGUGCGCGGGCCGCGGGGUGGUGAUCCAGAAGCAUCAGCUGGCUCCGGGGAUGUUUCAGCAGGUGCAGAUGCAUUGUGAUAAGUGCGGGGGGCAGGGGAAGAUGGUGAAGCGGCCGUGUCCCGUGUGUCAGGGCCAGCGGGUGGUGAGGAAGGAGGUGGAGACGUUUGCGACGAUCGAGCCGGGGAUGGGCAAAGGGACGCGGAUUGUGUUUGAGAAUGAGGCUGAUGAGAGCCCUGAUUGGAUUGCGGGCGAUUUGGUGCUGAUUCUGGAGGAGCGCGAGCCGGAGUUUGUGGCUGAGGGGACGGAUGGCACGUUCUUCCGCCGGAAGGGCAGGGAUCUGUUCUGGAAGGAGGCGCUGUCGCUGCGCGAGGCCUGGAUGGGCGAGUGGACCCGGAAUAUUACCCAUUUGGAUGGCCAUGUUGUGCAGGUGGGCCGGACAAGGGGCCAGGUUGUGCAGCCCCUGGCUGUGGAGACCGUCAAGGGCGAGGGCAUGCCCUUCUACUCCGAGGGCCAUCUGCAUGAGUCCGACGAUGAGGAUGAGAGCCCCGGCGAUUUGUAUAUCGAGUACACCGUCAUCCUGCCGGAUGAGAUGGAGAGCGGCAUGGAGAAGGACUUCUUUGCCCUGUGGGAGAAGUGGCGCAAGAAGAACGGCGUCGUGCUCGAUCAGGACAGCGGCCGUCCCGUGUCUCAGCCUCGUGUUGUGAAGGAUGAGUUAUAAUAUCUUUUGGUCCAAAAUGAUUUGCGCCAAGUUGCUCGCAUGGAUCAAGUUACCAAGCACAUGCUCUACUUUUCUUCCUUCGGGCGGUGCGCUAGAUAGACAAUCCAAUAGAACACAU